AUGCAGUUUGGAGAUGGAGAAGGAGUUCGGGUUCAGGGGAGCAACAACGGAGGUGAGGAAGAAGAGGGUAGCAGUAGGAGGACUGGAGGAUGGUGUGGUGGCGCUGGAUAUGGUGAUGGAUGGUGUGCGGCGGCAGUGCUGGAGAUGGUGAUGGAUGGCGCGGUGGUUCGAGGUGGUGAUGCGGCGCUGGCAGCGGCGGGUGGUGGAGAUGGAGUGGAUGAUGGAGUGGUGGCUGGAUGGAUGGCGCUGGGUGCUGGCAAACCCUUCAAGCUUUAG